AUGAGGAUUGCAUUUUUUGCGCUUUUUGCGCAACUUAGUUAUGUCUUGGGGAGUUUUUUAAGAGAUAGAGAUUUGCCAAAUGAGGAAGAUGUUUAUGGUUAUGAAAAUUUUGGGUUGGAUCCCAAUUCACCGGAACCGAGUGAAUUUUUAAAUAUUAUAGAAAUGCUUCGAAAUGCAAAGCGAUUAGGAAGUGGGAAGAUUAACCAGGGUCAAUUUCUCUCGAAUCGUAAGGCUAGGAGAGAUUUUGAUUUGUGUCGUUCUUGCAAUCGUCCGGGAGUUGAUUAUUUCAGGAAGAGUGAUUAUGAUGGUUUCUUUUCUGAAGAUUUCUCCUCUGAAGAUUAUUCUCAGGACAAGCGAUGGGUAGAGGAAGUCGCCCAGAAAGAGGCGGCG